UGUUUCACAAAAAAAAAAGCUCAAAAAAAAAGCGAAAUCGGUGCAGUCUUGAUCAAGACUAGCCGGAACUUUACGGAGCUAAAAUUAAUUACACUUUCUUGUUUAAUGAAGUCUCCUUAGCCAUUUGCCUUUCAAAAAAAACCUCUGGUGUCAGAUUGGUUAGCAAUUGUAUUUUUUUUAUUAUUUAUGUAGUAGCAGGGAUCAUGGUCCAAGACUUUAUAAAAUUCUACUCCCAAGGUAAAAAAAAAUCUAUUUAUAUUUAUGCUGUAUUUUUAGGCCUUAAUGGCUCAAAAUAUUUUCUAUACUCCCUUAUUAUCGCUUUGUUUAUAUUUAUGUCCUUUUAUAGCUACAUUCUAAUUGUACAUAUGUAUUUAAAAUAUAAAUGUGUGGCGUUUUGA